AAAAAAGAAAACAAAGAAGCUGUUCGUCAGAUCGCAGCGUGGGGUCUCAGUGUAGUGUAGUAGGCCUGGUGUUUCACGUGAUUCAUGAGUAAAAGCUCCACCUUUGGGAUAAACCGGAGGCGGCAUCUGUGCGCUGCUGCCUGCUGGGACAGACAGGACGGGAUGCAGCAGUGAGCAGCGCCGCUGCGGGCUCUGGCUUUCAGGUUGUUUUUUUUUUCUUUUUCUCCUUUGACUAUGAUUUUCGUCUCCCAUGCGCUCUGAGGUCGACGCAGAGCUUUGUCCGAAAAGAUACACAAACAAACAGGUACUUGCAGGGUGUGUUUGCCGUCGCUUUCGUUAGUAAUGAGACGCUGAUGAGUGUGGAGAGGACAGGAUGCCCGCCAGCGGCGCCGACUCACUGAAACCCAGCGCCUUCAUCCCGGUGUGCACGGCCGCCUGCCUCCUGGUCGGCUCUACCUCCCUGUUCUUCGUCUUUACAUGCCCGUGGCUGGCUGUGACCAUCUGCCCUGCUGUGCCACCAUGCUGUGCCAUCCUCUUCCUUUUUGUGCUGGCCAACUUCACCAUGGCAACCUUUAUGGAUGCUGGCGUGCUCCCAAUGGCAAACGAGGACGAGGACAAGGAUGAUGAGUUCCGUGCUCCGCUGUAUAAGAACGUGGACGUGAAGGGCGUCCAAGUGCGGAUGAAGUGGUGUGCUUCGUGUCAUUUCUACAGACCUCCACGCUGCUCCCACUGCAGUGUCUGUGAUCACUGUGUGGAGGACUUUGACCAUCACUGUCCCUGGGUGAACAACUGCAUCGGGAGGCGAAACUACCGCUACUUCUUUCUGUUUCUGCUGUCACUGACAGUUCACAUGAUCGGUGUCUUCACCUUUGGCCUCAUAUACAUCCUGCACCACAUGGACGAAUUAUGGAAGCUGCACUGCACUGUCACUUUGGUAGUGAUCAGUGUAUCGGGUCUGUUUCUUAUCCCGGUCCUUUGUCUCACUGGAUUCCACCUGUACCUGGUAUCCAGAGGACGCACCACCAAUGAACAAGUAACUGGAAAGUUUCAAGGAGGAGUAAAUCCUUUCACACGAGGCUGUUGUAACAACCUGGAGUAUCUGAUUUGCAGUCCCAUCUCUCCAGAGUACACAGCGAGGCCCUGUAAGAAAACAGUGAUCCAUGUUCAGCCUCCGUUUCUGAGACCAGAGAUUGACAGGCAGAGGCCAGUGAAAGUCAGGGACAACGGGAUACAGAGUCAGGAUCUCCAGAAUAAACGAACCUCAGCCGGAGCUGUCGAGUUGUCAGACAUGAAACAACUGAAAACUCCACCACCAUUGCCACCGAAACCAGACCACGGCCUGCUGAAAAGCCAACUAACUGCCAUGGAUGAGAUGGGACCCCAUACCAAAUCCAUCAUUCCUGUAUCCAUUCCCACUGUGCCACAGCUACGGCCUGUCCUGGAAGCCAUAUCAAGAGGAUCAUCACCCAUUCCUCCAGAGCAGUUGCUGAAGACAUCAGAGCAGCAAGGGAACAACAAAGGUCCUGACCUCCGCUGUGAGUCUAAAGAAAGCCCUGCAAGAGGCAGCCAGCAGGUCGGCCUGCCUGUCCAGACCAACAGCAUCUCCAGCUCGAUGCAGCUCAACUCUCUGACGCUCAACUCCCGCUCUCUCACCCUCAAGCACAGCAAUCGCCACGGCAGCAAAUCCCAGCUACCUGCCAUGUAUGGGGAUAGUUUGGGAUCCAAUCCUCCACCGGGCAUCAUCACCUCUUCCUGCCUGCUGGCAAACCACAACAGCAGCCUCUCCUAUGAUAACCUCAUCAACCCUGCAGACCCUCAGUUCCUGGCUCAGAGAGGGGGUCCUCCAGUCGGCUAUCACCCCCACUUUAUGGCUCUGAGCACAGAUGGAACUGUGGUGCAGCGCCCCCCUCCUCACGCCUACAGUCCUGUGUUUAUGGGCGUCACCAGACAGUCUCCUCAGCCUCAAGACCCCUCACCUUCUUUGCAGGGCCUCACGUCAAGGGAUCCCUCACUUUCCUUCCAAGGUUUCAUUCAAAGAGACCCUUCUCUGGCUUUUCAAGGGCUGAUGCCAAGAGACCUUGCAUCCCAAAGCAUACCAUCACGAGACCUCACCCCUCCAGGUCUGGCAAUGCGAGACAUGACCUCUCAGAGUCUUCGAGACAGCCUUCGUGAUCUCACUCCACAGGGCUUGACACCUCAGAAGUCUGCUUCCGCACGCUAUGACAACUUUUCAAAAACCAUCAUGGCAUCAAUCCAUGAGAGACGGGAGAUGGAGGAGAGGGAGAGGAUGCUGCGUCUCCAAGCCAGAUCCCAGGCCCUCUAUGGCCCAGAUGUGGGGAUCUAUGACAUCCCCAGUAGGAGGAGCCUACCACCAGAUAACAUCCGACCUCCGGGCUCCCGUGGACCAACUCCUCCGGCCUACGGCUCCAGGGAGUUUCUGAUGAGUACUGGCAUCCUCAGUUAUGGCAUGAGGACCUCCCCUCUCUCCAGCUCCUCCACAUCGUCUCUGACUCGAGGCCCGAAAACGUCCAGCUCUCCUCUGCAGAGCAGCAGCAGCAGCAGCCUGCAAAGCAAGGGCAGGUCUUCCUCUCCGGCUUAUUGCCUUCCUGACAGACAGACUCAACCCCUCCCUUCCUCUACAUCCACUUUGCCCCGUUUACCCUCCUCCUCCACCUCCUCCGCCCCUUCAUACGCCUCCUAUGCCACCGCAAAACGUUCCUCGCUCACAUACUCCUCCGAGGGGAAGGACUCAGUCUCCCUGGGAGCCUUGAAAUAAUAAAAAAAACAUACUUUCUGAUGGUGUGAAUGAAUCAUCUAUGCAGUGUUAGUCUCAGUCUUCACAGCUCCAAAAUACUUUGUAAAUAAGAGGCCGUUUGGGACUUUCCUGUGUGGGAGGGUGUGUGAGAAACAAAUACAGAGUGAAGGAUAAACUUAGAAAUAUUCUUGAAAAGUCAUGUAAGUGUGACCGAAUUAAAAAAAAUGGUGAAUCUCAGGAUAGUUUUGCCUCCUCUUACAAACAGAGCGAGCUCUUUAACUCAGUCAAAGCAGAAGGGCUAUGUGAAGAAUACAGAUUAGCUUCUUAUCUGUUUGUAUGUGUUUUGAUAUUGCUUUUUGUGAAACAAUGUAAUACCAUAUUAUUUAAUUUGUCUCCCACUGCAAAAUACCCAAUUUAAUAGAUUUUUGUAGUUGUUUAUAUGAAUAAACUUAUUUUGUAAUUUUCAUUUCAGUUUAUUUCUGCUAUUUUCUCAUGUGAACGGCUGUCAAUGAAAGCACCAGCUCGGGGCUACAGAAUAAAUGUAAUGAAACUGUGAAUGAGGCUUUACAUAUUUAAAGCACCUGCUGCUCUAAGCAGUAAAAGGAAAAUUGCAUUUUACCGUUGGUUAUCAAUCUUGCUUCAAAGAUAUUAUACUUAGAUUUCUUUCCCCAAAUAACAAGAUCAUUUUAGCUUAUAACUCAACAGAUGGAGUCAAAUGCACUUUACCAUGUUCAUUCAUUUCCCUUUAAAACUGCUACAAUGCAUAAAUGCAUACAUUUGUAUAGCAGUGAAAUGAAAUUAUGACAUGUAAUGGAAUGAAAUAUAACACUGGUGGAAUGAUUCACUGGCUCUGCAAUGCCAGUUUCUGCAAUGAAUUUGUUAAUGGCACCCUCUAGUGAACAAUUUCAGAAGGUGGUGUGAUGUUGGUUAGGCAGUCAGAUCCAGUAGAUGAUGCUAUUGUGUGUAAAAUGCCAGAAAACAGCAUGUCGUCGAUGUCAAGGGCUGCAAGUAAUGGAAAAGAGCAGAGGAGGCUCUAUAGUGUGCCCUAUAUUCCAAAAGGUUCAUUUUACACAGCAGUUUAUCAUCACUACAGGUUCACUUCAUUAAAAUGGUAAUAAAAAUCAAGAUAUCAAAACUUUACAAGGCAGAAAUCUUGUUCUGCUUUUUUCAUUUAAUCUACAAGAGAAAAAAGCAUCUGUGUGAGGUGGUUUUUCAUGUUUCAGAGGUGUCAAAUGAGGAAUCCAGUGACAAAUUUUGCAUUUUAGCUUUACAGACAGCUGCAAAAGUCUGCUCUUCUGGCUGGCCUUCAGUCUCAGGACAGGCUCAUAAGUCAUUCAGAGUCUUUGUGACAGAAAUAUUUCUAAUAGCAGGAACUUUUAUUACUUUGAGAUGUUAUCGACAAUCACACAUUUUUGUUUAUAGGCAAUAAAAGACAAGACUUGACACUUUGA